AAGAAAAUCUGUCUAUGGGUGUUGUACAAAGAACUGAUAAUUAUAAAAAUUGUACCUGUUAUGUAACAAUACAUGAAGAACGAGAAAACUUAAUUUUACAAGAAAAGGAAGCAUCUCGAAGGAAAAUACUUUCUUACAGCAAAUUUGAAAAGGAAACAAAAUAAAAGCUUUUCAAAUUCUUGAAUUCGCGUCCUUUAUAUUUUUCGAUUGGUACUGUAAUUAGCGAUCGUUCGAAUUAAAAUCAUGAACCCCUUCCGUAGAAGAAGAAAAACAAUUAUACAAUUGUGGAAUAAUAGGAAACCCGAAGAAACAGGUGACAUCAUAAUUACAAGUUUUGCGUCAAUCGUGGGUAGAAACAAAACUUCUCUCUUAGAAGAGCCGAUUUCAAUGGAAUCGAUCCCCUCCUUUUACACAGGAGCUCGUGUCUCGUGUAUAGGUAGUCACCGCGGAGUGGUCAAGUUCAAAUCUCGAGUUCAGUCAGCCAUCAGCUACGAUUGACGUACAAUCACCGCAUACAUUGAUUCUUUCAGUUACUACGAUUAAAAAUUAACAGCCGUCGGAGAUAGCGAGCAAUAAUGAACGUCGAGGACGUCCGGUCGAAUUGCUUGAAUUCCAUUCACACUAAUCGAAUUGUUUCGCGUCGUAAAUGAAGUUACACGUUGACGACAAAUAUAAUUGUUUGCUCAAUUUUACGUAUUUUUCUUUUUUUUAAAUUUUCGUUCAUCCACGAAUCGCGUAUACUGUAAUUGUUUAUAACCUCUCUCAUGUUACCAGUCGAGAAUAAAAUGCAGGACACGACAUCAGAAUGAACAGUCGAGCGUCUCUGUCGAACGACAUUGCUGUCACGAAUCGACCGUUGAACAACAUCGAGACCAAUGCUGGGAGAAACCUAACCAAAAAGAAGGUGAACUUGGCGAAGAAUGUUAACGUCAGCUUAACGUCGAGCCUUGUCGAGUCUCGAUACUAUCAGAAUCGAAACGAACGUUUCGUAAAUCAGGAGAAAAGCAAAGAAGACAAUGACACUGCCAACCAUCUCGAUAGUAUUUCUUUUGAAACGAUUCAUACUCGAUUACCGAAAUCGGGUCAGAUGAUCUUGUUACAUUCCCGCGUGGUUCACGGUAUUCAACAUGGCGGCCACUACUACCACCAUCGACGCCGCGGUCGCGAUUGGUUCGGGGACGGUGCGCGAUGCGUUUCUCGUAUUUCAAAUCGAACGUCUGGCGACCUAGUGUCAAGAGGACGAUGCGCGUCCUCUCGAAAACGCUGUCGACGUGACGAAAAUCGCUCGAAAAUCCUGAGACGAAGGCAGCCGAAACAGCUGUUACGACGACGACGGCUGACCGUGAAACGAUCAGAGGCGACCGCUGUCGAGGUUUCAUCGCGGAAGCAGAACAUCGACGAGCCGUCCUCGAGCUCUGGCGCGCAGAACUCGCGAAAACGGCGCGUCGGUAUCGUGGAGAAUCAGUACAUCGCCGAGUGCGACGGCGGUUCGUCGGUAUGCGAGCUGGUGCGCGGUCUCGAGCGUCUUUUCGGUGAUAAGGACGCCGGUGGGGUCGCGAUGAGAUCGAAAAAGCAACAGAACCAUGAGGAGGAGGUCGUCGUCGAUCCCAUCGAGGCGAACGAGACCUACGACGAGUUCGACACAGUCAGGAUGCCGGUGGUGCGCUCCCUGAGCAAAAGUCCGCAAAGCGACGAAGGCAUCGAGGCGGAUCCCGAACGAAGGAGGGGCUCUGUGGCACGUUGCUGGAGCCUCGACUCGGCAGCGGCCAGCGACGAGGAUGCAUCGCUGACCACCACCACCACCACCACCACCACCACACAUCAGCUUAAACGACACAAGCUACGAGUCACUAGAUGCUGCAGCUCUGACAGUGCUGUCUUGAGCGACGAAGAUCAAAUAAAAGGAUGGGAUAGCUCGAACAUGGUAGAAGGAAGCGAAUCCGAGCAGAACGAGGGAAGGCCAAGGUAUUGGAGAACACCGAGCGUGGUCGUUAGCGACUACUCUGAUUACUCUUAUCUGGACGAGAAGCUCGAAAGGAACGAUUUGGAACUUGAAAAAUACGAUGGAACCAGCGGGACACCGAGUCAAACGAGCAGUUGCUCCUGCUUGGAUUGCGACGAGAUACGAGAAUCGUUGGACAAUCAGUUCCUGCAAGUUCGUCGCAGCAGGCGACAUUCGGACUCUUCUUGUUUGUGCCUGGAUUCUUUGAACGCUGCUGCUACGAGACGAAUCAACGAGGCUGGAAACAGGCGGAAUUCCUGUUUAGAUGCUGCCAGUUCUUACUACUGCAAGGUGGACUCUCAGUUUCUACGGUACACCGAGGAAAGCGCUCCAGGACUGCAAGAGAAAACCAAGAUCGAAUUUCUGGACAUUCCGCCGGCAAGAAAGAUCUCGGACUGCUCCAUCUCUAGCCUCAGCGGUGACGAAUCCGAUGUCAUCGAACUCCAGCAAGUUAAACCUGCUAGGUCGUCAGGCUGGAGGAAGCUGAGGAACAUCGUUCACUGGACGCCGUUCUUUCAGACAUACAAGAAACAGAGAUAUCCUUGGGUGCAACUAGCAGGACACCAAGGAAACUUCCGCGCGGGACGUACGCCAGGAACGAUUCUAAAGAAACUUUGCCCCCAAGAGGAAGCCUGCUUUCGACUGCUGAUGAACGACGUCUUGAGGCCUUACGUGCCAGAGUUCAAAGGUGUCCUGGACAUAAAUGAAUCGGAUGAAGUGAACAUCGAGGAGACCGACGCGCAAAAAACCGUUCAGAAAGACGGCACAGGGGACGCCAUCGGCAAAAGAACCAUGGUCUCCUCUUACCUGGAGCUUCAGGAUCUCCUCGGCGAUUUCGAACAUCCCUGCGUGAUGGACUGCAAAGUUGGCGUCAGGACGUACCUCGAGUCCGAGCUGGCCAAAGCUAAGGAAAGACCCAAGUUGAGAAAAGACAUGUACGAGAAAAUGGUGCAAGUUGACCCCACUGCACCGAGUGCCGAGGAACGUCGCGUGCAAGGCGUCACGAAGCCAAGGUACAUGGUUUGGCGUGAAACGAUAUCCAGCACCGCCACGCUUGGUUUUCGCGUAGAAGGUAUCAAGCUUGCUCACGGGGGAUCGUCCAAGGACUUCAAAACGACACGAAGUCGAGAACAGGUGACAGAGGCAUUGGCGCGUUUCGUGGAGGGCUACCAACACGCGGUACCCAAGUACAUACAGCGUCUGACCGCGAUAAAAGCCACGCUGAAGGCGUCACCGUUCUUUGCGACGCACGAGGUCGUUGGCUCGAGCCUGUUGUUUGUUCACGACGCCAAGAAUGCCGGGAUUUGGAUGAUCGAUUUCGCGAAAACGUUACCUCUGCCGCAACACUUGCCACGGAUUCACCAUGACGCCGAGUGGCAAGUGGGAAACCACGAGGAUGGAUAUUUGAUAGGCGUAAACAACCUGAUAGAUAUAUUCCAAGAUAUACGAAACUCGGAGACUACAUAGUUCUUACUUUCCGAACGAGAACAUGUGUAGCCGUGUCGAGUGAUACAUUUAAUGUGUUCAGUGAUAAGAUUUAUCACCGAUACUCGACGCGAUUAUACGUGUUCUUGUUCCGAAUCGAUGGCGAGCACGCAAUCUAACGUUGUCAAUAUUUUUUUUUAAUAUACAUUUGACGCACGCGAUACAGCGAAGAGGAUAUCACGUAAAUAAAUUUUGUACAUAGAUCUACGGACAUGCUUCGUUGACGGUAUCCUCGACAAGAAACGGACCAAAGACGCGGUGGCUACAGGCUGCCUAGGUAUUCAUAGUGAAACGCUCCCUACGACAGCGUUUUCCAAACUGUUUUGCACGAAAGAUCAUAAUUAAUCGUCAAGGGAGAACACCAUAUUAAAAGCGCAUACUUUGAACAAUAUUUCGGCCAUUUGUCGUACAAGAUCAAAAAUCGAAUGGUCGACCGAAAAUAUCGGUGUUGUGUAAAUAUUAUUGUUAACGUACCCUAAAAAAAAGUUUGGGAGACGCUGUUCUGCGAAAACGUAGACCGUAAAGAGAGAACCCCUGUAAAAAUAACGUUUAACGUUCUAGCGUAAUUAGAUAAGUUUUAUUUAUACGUUACAUUCGACGCUGCGGAAUCAUCUUGAUACAAGAGAAAAGAGAGAAAGAGUGAGCGAGUGAGAGAAAACGGUGUUUUUAUAUUUAAAAUCGUACCAUGCAUUUGUAAAUAAUUCGACACUUAAUACAAAAAAAGAAGGCCAACAAUGA